AUAAGCUUGUUUAUAAUGAAGAGAGAGGAAGCGGAAGUUGUGGCCUGGGUGAUAAGGCAGCCUCCAGCUCGGCUGUGCUCGCUCCCGGAGCAACUAGAAAUGACAGCCGCUACAAGCGCCGUGCUGCUGCUCCUGGUGGUCUCCGCCGAGGCCAGCACCAGGCUCGACCCCGGGACCUCGCCCUCCAAGAGCCGCCAUGGCGUGGUGCCCUUGAGGCCCUGCCCCGCCGGCCAGCUGCGAGACCACAAGGGCGUGUGUCGCCGUGUGCUGGGGUCCCCUCGUGCCAGAGGUACACUCUCCUACCUGCCUCGCCCUCAUAGAGCCCUCAUGGCGUGGUGCCCUUGAGGCCCUGCCCCGCCG